UUCCAAUUUCCAAACUUUUAACAAUAAAUAAAACUCUUUCUAUAAAACCCACCUACAAAACCCUCCAAUUCAUUCAUAUAUAUUCAUACAUACAAUUCUCUAAAAAGUAAAAACACACAGCCGCCUCUAAAAAAAUUUCUGUUUUCUUUUACUAAAUCUCAAAAAAAUCUUGAAAACAAAAAUACCCAGAUGGAUCAAAUGAACAUGGACCAUCAAACACAAGAAAUAGGAACAAAGAGACCAAAAACAAAGAUAGUGUGUACAUUAGGACCAGCAUCAAGGUCUGUUCCAAUGUGUGAAAAGCUGUUAAAAGCAGGUAUGAAUGUUGCAAGAUUCAAUUUCUCACAUGGCUCUUUUGAAUAUCAUCAAGAAACUUUGGAUAAUUUGAGGAUUGCUAUGGAAAAUACUGGUAUUAAUGCUGCUGUUAUGCUUGACACCAAAGGUCCAGAAAUUCGAACUGGGUUUUUGAAAGAUGGUAAGCCGGUUCAACUGAAACAAGGUCAAGAGAUCACUAUCUCUACUGAUUACACUAUUAAAGGAGAUAGUGAGAUGAUCUGCAUGAGCUACAAGAAGUUAGCUCAUGACGUUAAGCCACAAAGUGUGAUCCUGUGUUCAGAUGGCACCAUUUCGUUCACUGUCUUGUCUUGUGACACUAAAAAUGGCUUAGUUCGUUGUCGUUGUGAGAACACUGCGGUUCUUGGUGAAAGAAAGAAUGUUAAUCUUCCUGGAGUGAUUGUUGAUCUUCCUACUUUGACUGAGAAAGAUAAAGAAGAUAUCAUGAAAUGGGGUGUUCCUAAUAAGAUUGAUAUGAUAGCUCUCUCCUUUGUUCGAAAAGGUUCUGAUCUGGUUGAGGUUCGCAAGCUGCUGGGACAACAUGCAAAGAACAUCCUUCUAAUGUCUAAGGUUGAGAAUCAAGAAGGGGUUGCCAACUUUGACGAAAUCCUAGCCAACUCUGAUGCUUUUAUGGUGGCACGUGGUGACCUUGGUAUGGAGAUUCCAAUCGAGAAAAUAUUUCUAGCUCAGAAAACCAUGAUAUACAAGUGCAACCUACAAGGAAAGCCGGUUGUAACUGCCACGCAAAUGUUGGAGUCAAUGAUCAAGUCUCCUAGGCCCACUCGUGCUGAAGCCACAGAUGUUGCAAAUGCGGUUCUAGAUGGAACGGAUUGCGUCAUGCUUAGUGGAGAAACCGCAGCUGGGGCCUACCCAGAGCUUGCAGUUCAAACCAUGGCCAAGAUUUGUUUGGAAGCGGAAAGUACAAUAGACUAUAAAGAUGUUUUCAAGAGGAUUGCUGCAAAUGUGCCUGUGCCUAUGAGUCCACUCGAAAGCCUAGCCUCUUCUGCUGUCAGAACUGCUAUCUCAUCCAAAGCAAGUCUUAUAUUGGUUCUAACCAGAGGUGGGAGCACUGCAAAACUUGUGGCUAAGUACAGACCAGGAAUGCCUAUACUGUCUGUGGUGGUUCCUGAGAUCAAGACCGAUUCUUUUGAUUGGUCAUGCAGUGAUGAGUCUCCAGCUAGGCAUAGCCUAAUCUUCAGGGGUUUGAUCCCGAUUUUGAGUGCAGGGUCUGCUAGAGCUUCUGAUGACGAAUCGACUGAGGAAGCAAUAGAAUUUGCCUUGCAGCAUGCUAAAGAGAAAGGAUUGUGCAAGACCGGUGAUGCUAUUGUGGCUCUUCAUCGUGUUGGAACCUCAUCUAUUAUCAAGAUCAUUACGGUUAAGUAAUUCUUGCUCUGAUUUUGCUUUUACCAGACUGCCAAUUUUUGCCCGUGUUGGCCCUAUUAAUAUAUCAGCAAACUAUAGUCGAUUUAGUAUCGGCAAACUGAUCUGCACUUAUUAUUUUGAUGAGAAACUUUAUGUAACCUCCAAUGCGUAUUAAGGCAUUUUUGUUGCUAGUUUUAUUAAUGAUAUAUUAUGACAAUCAUGCUAUGUUUUUGUUCAAA